ACUCAGUAGACGUCAAUGUCAGUGUCAAGUACUUAAAUUGUUGAUUGACAAAUGGUGCAUUUCGCGGCGAAGUGUUCGUUAAAUUUUCUUACAAAUAUCGUAUACUUCGCGCAAAAUUGUCUUAUAAAUAUUUUCAGCAAAUCAUGAGAACAGUGUCUUCAUCUUAAAUCCAUUAUAUUUUACUUCAAUAUGUCUAGAGAUAUAAGAUCGUUUUUUCAACCUAAAAAGCCGCCGAAACCUGCUGUUACUAUUGACGAUGAUGACGAUGUUAUUCCAGAGUCUCCAGAUGUACAAAUAAUUAAAAAUAAAAAGAAAGAAUCAAAGAAGAGGCGUGUGAUAGAUGAUGAUUCUGACGAGGAAAUAUUCUCAUCUAAAAAAAAGAAAAAUAAUGAUGCUAGUUCUGCAAAAGCAGGUCAAACUUCAAGUAAGAAUAAGAGUAAAUCACCUAAACCCGCACUCAAGGAGGUCAAGGUGAUAGAUAUGUUUGGAAAUGACCCUAUAAAGCGCACGGAACCAUUAGUAAAGAAAAAGAAAAAAACUGAACUAGGCAUACACUCUGACGAUGAAUUUGAAAAAAGUUUACUCGAAAUAGACAAUGCAGAGUUAGAAGCGAACAUAAAUAAUGACAAAGUAACUAAUGAUGAGAAACCAAAAUCUAGCGCCGAGAAGGGUGACAAAGCUAAAUCCGAUGAAAGUAAAGAGAGUAAGCAUAAAACUGAUGAAAGCAAAGAGAGUAAGCAUCAAACUGAUGAAAGCAAAGAGAGUAAGCACAAAUCUAAUGAAAGCAAAGAAAGCAGACAUAAAAAUGAUGAAAGCAGACAUAAAUCUGAUGAUGGAAAAGCAAAGAAACACACAAAAGACGACAAGAAACCAAACCAAAGUACAUCACACUCAAAUGACAGUGAAACUAAAAAAUCUAAAAUUGAAAAUAGUAAGAGAAAGUUUGCAGAGUUUAUUGAUGGUGAUAGCAGUGAUCAUGGCAGUAAGAAGAAGAAGAUUGACGAACAGGAGAAAGAGAGCAAGCAUAAAUAUGAUGGGAAUUCCUCUGUUAUGGAUGAAAGUAUGGAGGCUAGUAGGAAACGGAAUAUGAAUAAGAGUUUGAAUGAAUCAGCCCUAACAGAUGAAGAAAGACACGAAAGGCGAAUGCAUUCAGCUGCUUUAUACAAAAAUUAUUUGAACAGAUCUGGACCAAAGCAUUUAGGAGCUAAAGAAAUCCCUGAGGGAAAACCAGAUUGUUUGAAGGAUUGUGCGUUCUUGUUGACUGGAGUACUGGACUCGUUUGAGAAGGAUGAGGUUACACACGUGAUCGCAGGCGAAGACGCUGGCCCAGCGAAAAUGGCAAAGGCGCAAGAACUAGGAAUCAAAAUUAUAAACGAAGAUGAAUUCCUAAAAAUGAUCGUGGACCGAUCACGAGAUAACACUAGUAAACCAGAAACCAAGAAAGAAAUCAAACGAGAGAAGACUCCUAGUAAAUCAAAAUCUAAGAGUCCGAAAGAUAAGAAAGAUAAUCAUGUUGACAAAUUGAAGAGUCCUGACAGGAGUAAGUCGGAAUCUAAAGUUAGAGAUAAAAGUAAUGAUAGUAAACAUCGAGACAUAUCUAGUCCGAAGAAAAUCAAGGCAGAAAAAGUUGAAGCAAGUUCUAGCUCGAACACAGCAAGGAAUCAAGUAAACACUUCACUAAGGUUAAUGAAUUGGCUGACGAAAUGGUAUGUGAAUAGAAAGGCUAAGCUACCGAAACCCAGUCCCUGGGCUAAGAAUGAUGACGGAGGUUAUUAUAAGGCAGCUUUACUUUCUGGACCGCCCGGCGUCGGUAAAACAACAUCAGUGGCGUUAGUGUGCAAGGAGCUCGGCUUCGACAUGGUGGAGUUCAACGCGUCAGACACGAGGAACAAGACGCUCAUCAAGGAACAGAUCGGACAGCUACUCACUACUAAUUCACUCUCUGGCUUUGCUAAUGGUGUGACCGGUAAACAAGCAGUAACAAAGAAACACGUGCUGGUCAUGGAUGAAGUCGACGGAAUGGCCGGUAAUGAGGAUAGAGAUUUUCAUACACCCAAGCCUUCAAGAAACAACACCUCUAUAGUAUUUCCUGGAAGUAAUGAUGAUCCGAAAAUUACCAUUAGUCAACCUAAUCUCGACAUGCAAAACGUCGUGAAGAUACCCAUUCCUCUGAACCAGGAUUCAAGCAAGAAUACUAGCCCUAAGUCUGUAUUAAGUCAACCCGAUAGUAGAAAAUGUCCUAAAGAAACUGGUGAAAUAUUCAUCUUCUCAGAUAAUCAGGGACAAGAGACAAAACCACAUAAUGUUAUACAGCAAAUAAUUUAUCAUAUCAAUGCGAUGUACAGCUCAGUGAUCCCAGGUAACCGCAUGUCUGGUCAUAUGACUGGUCAGAUCCAGUUCCCAGCCUGGCUCGGGAAGAACUCCCGUGCCACCAAGAUGAAACGCCUCUGUCAGGAGAUACAUGCACAUACUCGACUCAGCACAUCUGGUUCAAAAUCCUCAAUCUACCUGGACUACAGUAUGCACCUUCGUAACGCGAUCCUCAAUCCUUUAGUAAAGGACAAGUUGGAUGGCGUUGACAAGUCCUUGGAAGUGCUGGAGUCUUACAAUCUGUUGAGGGAAGAUCUGGAUUCUUUAGUAGAACUGUCUGUCUGGCCCGGACAAAUGAAUCCUGCUGAUUUAGUGGAAUCGAGGAAAAAGAAAAGUAAAGAUACAGAGAAACCAACGACAAGCAAAGGCAAGUCAACAUCCAAAGCGUCGACGGGUAAAAAGAAAAAAGAGAAAUAGCAUCGGCGUUCCGUGAUGGCCUUCUUGUUCAGAUAAUGUGACUUGAUGGACCAUCGGACCUCUUUUGUACCGUAGUGCAGUGAUUUGUGAUAAACGUACUUACAUACAUACAUAUUGUGUCAAUAAUAGUAGACUACUGAAAAAUUGUGAAAGUGAAACGUGUACUGAGGCCUUAGUACUAGGUACUAGUUUGUUACGUUUAAACUAAUCGUAACGAGUACGCGUUCGGCGCUCUGAGUAGAGUACCAAGCACGAAUAACUAUCGCAAUUGUAACGUAAUAGUAUCGAGUGCGUUCGGCGCUCUGAUUGGCCGGCUCAAGUGAACCAACCAAUCGGAACGCUUACUUCGCUCGAUACUGUUACGAUACGAAUGCGAUAGUUAUUCGUGCUUGGCCCUCUGAUUAGCUGGUUAAUUGGCGCCGGCCAAUCAGAGGCCUUAGUACGAGUUUUAUUUACGUUUAAAGUAUUCGAAACGAGUACGCUUUCGGCGCUGUGAUUGGCCGGCGCCAAUGAACCAACCAAUCAAAGCGCCGAACGCGUUCUCGUUUCGAUUACUUUUAACGUAAAACUAACUUGUACUAAGCCUUCAGAGCGCCGAACGCUUACUCGUUUCGAAUACUUUCAACGUAAAAAAAACUCGUACUAAUGCCUGAGCAUCAGUGGUUAAUUAAACAUAUGAUUAAAACUUUUCAUAGUAGGCUACAAUGUGGGAAUAUAGAAGUCAAAUACUUUCGUUCAUUUUAUAAUUAAACUUUUAUUAGAUCUGUUAAAUAUAUUGAGUUGAGUCUGAUGAGAGAAAUAAAUUCGCCAAUAUAAGACAUUGCAAGCAAUUAAUAGUAUUGGCUUGUAUGAGUGUUAUACUUUCAUGUCACAAGAAAAUGAAAUAAAUGUAUGGGGCAGCUAUUUGUUAAUCGAAAUGUUUCCCAAAUUGUCACCUACUAUGCCUAAUAAAUUGUAAGUGAAGGACAUGCAUUAUUAAAUCUACACAUUAAGUACUUUUAAAUGGUAACUAUACAUAUGUCUAGUGAGACUGGACGCGAAUUGCGUGAUACGAGAUAAAAGUGAUAAUAGUGGUAGUUUGUCACCAGUGAACAAGUGUCUAUCGUAGUUUUGAACACAUAUUAAACCGCAUUUUUCAUGAAAAAAUAUCGUUUCUCAUAAUUAUAAAAUGUAAUGUAAUAAAAUAAGGCUUUCAAAGUUCUGAUGAUAGAGUUAGUAACCAUUCCAGUUUAAAAAAUUAAGCUUAUUAUAGUUGUAGAGUGUUUUGUCUGUUUCAUUAACUCUUAGUCUGCCAGAGCACAGAGCUAAGUGAUACACAAUAUUGUUUUAUGUUUAUUUAUAUUAAACUUUCGUGUGACGUACUAAUUAAUUAUUAUGUUUUCGGUUGAUACACGUAACUGUUUGACGAGGAACUCGACUUGUUUCAAGCCAUGCUAGAGGCUCGUAUUCAUGAGCAGCAUUCCGCGUUCCGCGACGCGACGACUGUCGCGCUGCUACCUAAAUAUGAGUCUCUAGCAUAGCUUGAAACUAGUCGAGUUCCUCGUCAAACAGUUGAGUAAGCAGAAAACAUAAUAAUUAUUUGUUUAUAUUAUUAAUUUCGUGAGACAUACUAAAUUAUUAUGUUUUCUACCGCCUCAAAUAUGCCUGCCAAGAAGUCAAAACUAAUUUUUACUAGUCAUUGAAUAAAACACUCUGCAGUUAUUGUAGGUUUAUACGAUGUUGUGAAUAUUAAGGUAAGAACUUUAAUGUAAAAUAGUCAUAAUUAUGAUAUUCCAAAUAUUAGUACUAUUAUUCCUAAAAGGAAGGUAAUAAAUAUAUUUGUCUGUCAUGGUCUAACUCGUAAAUAGAUAUGAAAGCAAGGCCUAAUUUUUCAACAUUUCUGUCUCAUUAUUAUAAUUGCAUUGGAAACUUUGUCUUAUUGAAUAUUGCCAAUCCUAUCAAAUAAGGUAAUAUUAAAAUAAUAUUUAAGAAUCUUCACUUCAUGUCAUGUAUACUUGUAUAGUAAUGUUAUCUCAGUACUGUUAAACCUACAGCCAAAAUGUUAAUGUGAUCUUCUUUUCAUGACUCACUUUAUUAACUUAGUAGCUGACCAAUAUUUUUUUUUUUAAUGAGUGUUUCCCCCCUCUAGGAUUUUCUCCUGUCGUGGGUGCUUUUACAAACAUAUAAUAUCACAUACACAUGACACCCAGACCCGGAACAACAAUCUGUGGAUCACACAAAGAGUUGUUCCAUACGGGAAUCGAACCCCCGACACGUUGCGCGGCAGCCAGUUGCCCAGCCACCGCGCCAACCGUGCAGUCGUUUAAUUGUUAUAAUAAAUUACUGCCGGGUUUGAGAGAAAUGGAUUAGCAUCUAUAUAAACCUUUGUGAAACUUAUAUCUAUACACAAAUUAUUGGGUUAUUGUGAUUUUGUCAACCCACUUUCAAUAACUCAACUGCAGUAUAUAAUAUUACUAGCUCGGACCUGACAUUUUGUAUGCCCAAUCCUGUUUAUUCACAUGUUCGGGAGAUCCUUGCGUAACAGCGUCCUAUCUCUGUUACCUGUUCUAAACUACCUGCCCACCAAUUUCCAGCCACAUUGAUUUAGCCAUUCUU